GUGGUUUAGGUGCGGUCGGAGUUAGAAAAGCAGAGUGGAGGCUUCCGUGGCCAGUUGUUGGAAGAGGCGCAGCGUCAGGUGUCAUAAUGGAUUUCGAUCUGACAUCAGCUUUGGGAGGUGAUGAAAAGGUGAAGAAGGAGGAGGCGCAGAAGGAUGAGUUUACUUUUCCAUGGAGCAAAGACAAGAAGGACGACUGCAAGGGUAAGUCAGACGGUAAAGGCAAGUCCGACUGUAAAGACAAGUCUGACAAGAAGCACAAGUCCAAGAGCUCGGACGAGAAGACGAAGGAAAAGAAGAAAAAAGAAAAGGGUGAAAAGAAACCAGGCAACUCCACCUCCUCCUCCUCCUCUUCAUCUUCAUCCUCCUCCAGCAGUGAUGAGAACUGAUACUUCCUGCAGGACUUGGACUGCUCUUUUAGCCUCUUUAUAAUCUUGUCCGUUGACAAAGGGACUGUCUGUGGUUGUAUUGUAUCAACUUUUUUGUACUUUUACUGGUGUCAUAGAAACACAAUGGUGUGGUGUAAACAAAUCUGAUAAUUCCUAAAAGUAAAUGUUCUGACAACAACA